AUUCAGCUUUCAACUGUUUCAAACACAUUUUUUAAUAGUGCUUUGUACAUUAAUUACUCAUUUUUACUCGAGCGAUAACGUUUGUAUUGACAAAUUAUUCUGUUUGCGCAAAAUAUUUAUUUCUUCAGAACAUAUUUUUACUUUGAAAGGGUAAUUAUCAAGUAAUUAUGGAUUCAAAAUAUCCGCAUCCUGAACAGCAACAACAACAAAAUAUGUAUCCAAGCGUUCCUCCAAUGAAUCCCCCAAGUUAUGAGCAAACAAACCCACAAACAACAGCUGUCGUUCAAACUGUUGUUACUUCGAUUCCUUUGGGUCCGAAACCUUCCAACGUUAAAUGUCCGUCGUGCCAUCAGCAAAUAACGACAAAUAUCAAACAUGAAAAUGCGACGAAAACUCAUCUUUUUGCGUUGUUGUGUUGUCUUAUCUUCUGGCCUUGCGUAUGGUUGCCUUACACAAUGGAUUCUUGCAAAGAUGUCAAUCACUAUUGUCCCUAUUGUGAUGCCUAUUUGGGUGCUUAUAAGAAUUGAAAAAAAUGAAAGAUGACGUCAUUUUGGAUUUUGAAUAAAUUUGAAUUUAUUGUGUGAUAGAAA